AAACGCACUCAAACCAAAAGAAAAAACAACCCUGCAAAUGUGCUUGUCUACCUUUCCCACUUUCCUUCUCUUUUCAGCUAUUCAAUUCAACUAAAUUAUAUCAUCCCAUAAUACACCUAAAACUCAAUCAUUUUAAUAUGGCUUUCACUAACAAACCUAAGAAACCAAAUUUCUCCUCUAACUUCAAUCUUUGCACCUCUCUUUUUUUCAUUGUUCUUUUCACGGUUCCUCUUCUUUUUCUUCUUCAUUCCUCUAAUUCCCCGAUAUGCACUUCGCUUUCUUCGCGUAAUACGAAAUCAUGGUCCGGUGAUUUACGCGAUGCUGAAUUUUCAUGGAACCGUCUCUCUUUCGAUGAUGUUCCGGUUUUCAAGCUUAAGAUUGCGGUUUUUUCGCGUAAAUGGCCGAUUGGUACGACUCCAGGUGGCAUGGAGCGCCAUGCUUUUACGCUUCAUACCGCGUUAGCUCGACGAGGUCAUCAGGUUCAUGUGUUUACUUCUCCUGUGCUGGAAAAUGAGAAAUCUCAUAGUUCUUCUUCUGAUCCGAUUAUUCAUUGCCAUGAAGGCGAGCCAGGAAAGUGGAGAUAUAACAAAGCAUGGGAGCAAUUCGUAGAAGAAAAUAAACGGCGACCUUUUGAUGUAGUUCAUUCGGAGAGCGUAGCUCUUCCACAUUGGCUAGCUCGUAACGUUCCGAAUCUUGCAGUUUCAUGGCACGGUAUAGCACUCGAGAGCUUACAUUCGGACAUCUAUCAAGACUUAACAAGAAAACCAAACGAACCCAUUUCACCGCUUGUCAACACAAGUCUUUACGGAGUUUUACCGAAAGUUGUGAACGAAAUAAGAUUUUUCAGAAACUACGCUCAUCAUGUAGCUAUAAGUGAUAGUUGUGGAGAAAUGUUGAGAGACAUAUAUCAAAUACCAAGUAAAAGGGUUCAUGUAAUUCUCAAUGGUGUGGAUGAAAACGAUUUCGGACAAGAUUUGAGAUUAGCGGUUGAGUUUAGGUAUACAAUUGGUAUACCACAAAAUGCUAGUUUAGUGCUAGGAGUAGCUGGAAGACUAGUGAAGGAUAAAGGGCAUCCUUUAUUAUAUGAAGCCUUUUCUAUGCUAAAACAAAAGCACCCAAAUGUUUAUUUAGUAAUUGCUGGGUCAGGACCAUGGCAGCAAAGGUACAAAGAAUUGGGUGCACAAGUCAUAGUUUUAGGGUCUAUGAGUCCUACACAAUUAAGGGCAUUUUAUAAUGCAAUUGAUAUAUUUGUGAAUCCAACAUUGAGACCACAAGGGCUUGAUCUUACUCUAAUGGAGGCAAUGAUGAGUGGGAAAUCAGUAAUGGCAUCAAGAUUUCCUAGUAUUAAAGGAACAAUAGUUGUUGAUGAUGAAUUUGGCUAUAUGUUUGCACCAAAUGUUGAAUCAUUGGUUGAGAGUUUAGAAAAAGUUGUUAAAGAUGGAUCAAAAAGGUUAGCUCAAAGAGGUCAAGCUUGUAGAGAGUAUGCUGUUUCCAUGUUUACUGCCACCAAAAUGGCAUUAGCAUAUGAGAGAUUGUUUUUUUGUAUCAAAAAUGAAACUUUUUGUUCCUACCCUUAAUUAACCUUUAUAUUUAUAUAUGUAUUCUAUAGUGAUUCUUUUUGGUUUA